AGUCAUGUUUUCCUACAAUGCUCCUCUAAUGGUAAACAUGUUAAUCACUCAAACUGUGUCCCACGUGGCAUCCCUAAGAUGGAUAUUUCAUUAUCAAUGUUUUGCAACGACACUAAGUCAACACACGAUCACGUGAUCUGACAGAGGACUCAAGGUAAGAUCUUGAUCAAUUCGUUUCACACAUUCGGUUUGAAGUUUCAUGUCGGUGGUUACUGCUGUUGUAACAUAUUUUACCUUUCUCGAAGCGGGUCUUUGUUAAAUUUACUUGAGAAAUGGGCUCACCCCUGGCUCUGACACUGGUCUACACCAACUUAUUCCUGACAACUCCUGUUCCGGGAACAACGGCAUCUCUCACCCAGUGCGUCUCCUCCUGCUACGCCAGCCCCAGCUGUGCUUCUUUCUUCUACAACUACGACGACAGCGUGUGCUACCACACCUACUUUCUCUAUUCCCUGGACAAAUAUGAAGAAAUGUUAUCAACGUCGGCUGCUGAUAUCAAGUACUUUGAAUGGACUCCGGCGUCCUGUGAUGCAUCACGUGGGUGGAGGUACCAUAAGGCAACACAACUGUGUUUCAAAUACCACACCCAAGGCCAGGUGUUCUCUGAUGCAGAGGAAACAUGCCAAAGCGAGAACUCUACAUUGCUUCGAGUUGACAGUCCAGACAGACAACACUUCAUACACAAUUUCGCCAACAUUCACGGCAAACACAUCAUGACCGGCGGCCGUAGGGUGAACGAGACUUGGUACUGGAACAAUGAAACCCCUCUAGGCUACGAAGCAUGGAAAGACGAUGAACCUAAAGAUGACAAAGACUGUAUGCUGGUGGAUAAGGACGAAGAAUCCUGGAAGAGUGAAAAGUGCGAUUCAAGCCAAGACUAUAUUUGUGAGAAGGCGAUUUCUGCUGGUGGAGAAUGUUCGUAGAAGUCGUGGCUCUCACGAUUAUGACCACCACCUGCCUUGUCCACUGCUGUGAUGGUCACACGGAAACCAGAAUCUACAUGUGCGUCAUAACUGUUAAUAAUGUCACCAAAUAAAUAGUGUGUGAGUUGGGUUUCAUGCAGUGUCAAUGUAAACAAGGACGAAAGCAAAGCUUAAACUGGUCGUAGCGAGCACAUUUGCUUGUAGAUCAGGGGUUAAAGUCAGGGCAUUACGGGAUGAAAUGAAUGAAACAUUAAAAGACCUAAAACUCA